AUGCUGGCCACGCAGAGGCUGUUUGCGUACAUCUAUGGCACUGGGCUGGUGCUCUUGCUCUCCUUCGGCUACCUCUACAUCACCGAUACCCGCGCCAGCCUACAUCAAUACUUUGUCGUCCCUCUCAUAAGGCUUGUCUACUCGGAUGCAGAGGAUGCGCAUCAUGCUGGCGUUCGCUACAUCAAAGCUCUUUAUGACUUCAAUCUUCACAUUCGGGAACGAGGCAACCAAGAUAAAGAGCUCGGAGAUUUGAAGGUGGAAGUAUUUGGCCAUGUUCUCCACAACCCACUGGGAACAUCCGCGGGCAUCGACAAAGAUGCUGAAAUUCCAGAUGCGCUCAUGGCAUUGGGACCUGCAGUCGUAGAAGUUGGAGGCACCACGCCACUACCGCAGCUGGGCAAUCCGAAGCCCAGAGUGUUUAGAAUCCCUAGCCAGAACGCCUUGAUCAACAGGUACGGCUUGAACUCUGAAGGAGCAGCCCAUGUCGCAGCACAGCUUCGUGAACGGGUACGGCACUUUGCGUAUGCCAGCGGCCUUGGGCUGGGCCCUGACUCGGAGAAGCUGGUUCUCGAUGGCGAGGCCGGUGUCCCUCCUGGCAGUCUUGUACCAGGAAAGCUACUGGCUGUUCAAAUCGCGAAGAACAAGACAACUCCAGAUGCCGAUAUUGCAGCGGUCGCAAGAGAUUACGUCUUCUGUGUCGACCAUCUUGCCAAAUACGCUGACGUCUUGGUUGUGAACGUGUCGUCGCCCAACACGCCAGGACUCCGAGAUCUACAAGCUACUGCUCCAUUGACUGCCAUUUUGUCUGCUGUAGUAGACGCUGCCAAGUCUGUAGACCGAAAGACUAAGCCGGCCGUCAUGGUCAAGGUGUCGCCGGACGAAGAUACCGACUCACAGAUUGAAGGUAUUUGCUCAGCAGUCUGGGCUUCGGGUGUAGACGGAGUUAUAGUUGGCAACACAACCAAGAAACGACCCGACCCACUGCCUCAAGGAUAUGUCAUACCUGUGAAGGAGGCAGCGACGCUUACAGAAGUGGGUGGCUAUUCUGGCCCGCAGAUGUUCAAGCGUACUCUCGAUCUCGUGAAGAGAUAUCGCAUAAAUCUCGAUCAAGGCCCACAAGAGGAUGCUCGAGACUCAACUCCAAGCUUUUCUCCAGCCUCAAAAGUCAUUUUCGCCUCUGGCGGCAUCACCAACGGCGAGCAGUGCUUGGAGAUUCUAAAUGCAGGAGCAAGCGUCUGCCAAAUUUACACUGCAAUGAUGUACGGUGGCGUCGGCACGGUGACGCGAAUCAAAUCAGAAAUGCGAGAAGCUAUUAAGGGAGUUAGAGAUAAAUCCUCGUAG